GGUCUCUGCUUUUCGAGGCCUCGGCGAGCGGGGAGCCCCCGAAGAUGCAGAAGGCCGCCUACUACGACAACGCGGCGCUCUUCGGCGGCUACGGCGCCUACGGCAAGGCCGACGCUUACGGCUACACCUCGGCCCCGCCGCAGCCUUACGCCCAGCCGGCCCUCGACACCGACUACCCGGCCUCGGCCUGCUCCCUCCAGGGCGCCGCUCCCAUCCGUCCGCCGCCGCCGGCCCACAAGAGCGCCGCGGACCUCAGCGGUAGCUGCAUGCGCGGAGGGGGCCAGGCAGGCCCAACGCAACCCCCAGGCCUCGGCGAGCCCCAGCAGCAGGCCCAGCCGCCUCCGGCCCAGCAGCAGCAGGCCCAGGCGCCGCCCCCGGCCCUGCCCUCGCCUUCCCCGCCCAGCGCCAACACCGCCCACGCCGGGCCGGCCAAGAAGGGCAAAGGCGGGCCCAACGCCUCCUCCUCCGGCGCCUCGGCGGCCACCAUCAGCAAGCAGAUCUUCCCCUGGAUGAAGGAGUCCCGCCAGAACUCCAAGCAGAAAAACAGCUGCGCCCCUGCUGCAGGCGAGAACUGCGAGGACAAAAGCCCCCCCGGCCCUGCUUCCAAGCGGGUGCGCACCGCCUACACGAGCGCGCAGCUGGUGGAGCUGGAGAAGGAGUUCCACUUCAACCGCUACCUGUGCCGCCCGCGCCGGGUGGAGAUGGCCAACCUGCUGAACCUGACCGAGCGCCAGAUCAAGAUCUGGUUCCAGAACCGGCGGAUGAAGUACAAGAAGGACCAGAAAGCCAAAGGGAUCAUGCACUCGCCGGUCGGGCAGUCCCCCGACCGCAGCCCGCCCCUCAGCGGGCCGAACCACGUCGCCUACUCCAGCCAGCUCCCGACGGUCAACAGCCUCAGCUACGACGCCCCCUCGCCCACCUCCUUCGCCAAGUCCCAGCAGAACAUGUACGGCCUGGCCGCCUACACGGCGCCGCUCAGCAGCUGCCUGCCCCAGCAGAAGAGGUACCACCCGGGCGCCGAGUACGACCCCCACGCCAUGCAGAGCAACGGCGGCUUCGCCAACCCCAGCCUCCAGGGCAGCCCCGUCUACGUCGGGGGGAACUUUGUCGACUCCAUGCCGGCCUCCGGCCCCAUGUUCAACCUCGGCCACCUCUCCCACCCCUCCUCGGCCAGCGUGGACUAUAGCUGCGCGGCCCAGAUCCCCGGGAACCACCACCACGGACCCUGCGACCCCCACCCCACCUACACAGACCUGACCUCUCACCAUACAUCUCAGGGAAGGAUUCAGGAAGCCCCUAAACUGACGCAUCUGUAGUAGGCUGGCCUGUGGAUUCCCACAGAGAGAGAGAGAGAGAGAGAGAAU